ACACACUAUUCGCCAUGGCUAAACAUGAAGAUGAUGAGGAUGCGUACCUUUACGGUUCAGAUGACGAAGAGGACGUAGAGCAGUCUAGAAAGAGACAAAAAGUGGAGUCUUCGACCAAUUCUACAGAGGAAACAAACGAGGAAAAGGCCCCAGUGCUGGAAGAGGCAGUGAAUGAUGAAGAGGAUGACGACGAAGAUGAAGAGGAGGAUUCUGACGACGAUAUCGACAUUAUAAUUGGUGAUACUGCCAGUGCUCCAAGCACAGGAACUGUCACCACAUCUGGACCUCAAAAUGAUACUGUCGAUGCUACGGUAGAUCCAGAUGCUGAGGAGAAGGUGCCAACCACCACAAUUGUUAACAAGGAUCAAAACGAGAACAAGACCACCAUUGAUGUGCAUGCAGUGGCCGAAUAUGAAGGUAAACCAAUCACUCAAGUUGAUCUUGAAGUCAUAAAAGAAAAGCCAUGGAGAGCCCCAGGUGCCGAUAUUUCAGAUUACUUCAAUUAUGGAUUCGACGAGUUCACCUGGACUGCCUACUGCUGUAAGCACGACAAGUUGAGAGGCGAAUUCAAUCCACAAAAGUUAAUGGCACAAAUCAUGGCAGCCAGUGGGGCUGGUGGACCAGGUAAUGGACCUCCAGGAUUCCCACCAAUGGGAAUGUUACCUCCAGGUAUGCCACCUAUGGGUAUGAUGCCAGGAAUGCCCAACAUGCCCAACAUGCCAAAGAUGCAAGGCAUGCCAAAAAUGCCCAACAUGCCGAACAUGCCUCCCAUGCCCAAUAUGCCCAACUUCCCCGACAUGCAAAACUUCCCAGGCAACAAGAGACAAGGCCACAAGUAAAAGCACACCACCCACCACUACCUACGAGUAUUUAUUUCACUGUACUUUAUCUUUGUAUAUUACAUUCAUAUAACAAGAUUUUC